AUGAAUCUGGCAAAUUAUUCAUACUUCUCUGGCAUGUGCAACAUGACCGCCGAGACGCCGCACUCGCCCGACGAGCCCAGUCCCGUGGUCGUGAUUUCUCCAAACGUCAGCUUGGACUCUCCGCUGCCUCCUCCGCCUGUGAUGCUGCAGGCCCGCUCCAAAGACGGCGUUCUGAUUAAGUCCGAACCCCGGGGGAGCAGUCCGAGCGCGGAGGACGCGGCGUCUCUGGUCCACGCGGAGGAGCACCUGCCCACGGGGAGCCGCCGGAGGAAGAGGCCCGUCCAGAGGGGGAAACCUCCCUACAGCUACAUCGCUCUCAUCGCCAUGGCCAUCGCCAACUCCCCCGACAGGAAGCUCACGCUGGGAGGCAUUUAUAAAUUCAUCAUGGAGCGCUUUCCGUUCUACAUGGAGAACUCCAAAAAGUGGCAGAACUCCAUCCGUCACAACCUGACGCUCAACGACUGCUUCGUCAAGAUCCCGCGGGAACCCGGCAGGCCUGGGAAGGGGAACUACUGGACCCUCGACCCCGCCGCCGAGGACAUGUUCGACAACGGGAGCUUUCUGAGGAGGCGAAAACGCUUCAAGCGCACGGAUGUGAGCACCUAUCCGGGAUACAUGCAGGGCUCAAGCGCGUUCACACCGACCCCGAUGGGAAGGCCUUCGUACCCCAACAGCUUUUACGCAGGGAUCAGUUCUGGUUACGGCCCCCAGCUGACAGCCACGUCCCCGCACCCGACCGUACUGCAUCACUACCAGACCUCGGCGCAGGCACAGCCGCGCACUUUCAGCAUCGACAACCUGAUCAGCCAGCAGGCGGAGGCGCAAAGCAGCCCGGGACCAGAGCUCAACUCCCAGGCGCUGGGACUGGGAGGAGGUGACCUCGGCUCCAUGGCUUUCAGCUGCUCCGUCACAGGUACCGACCCAUCGGCGUGCUUUCAGGCCCAGACUGUCAACCCCUCAGCAAACAUGCUGAGCAGAAACACCGGGAACCUCCCCGCCGGAUACUGCCACUCAUCCCCUGCCUCACCUCCGAACCUGCCCGCCAUGAUCCAGUCAGGGUUCUCACCAGGGGGCUCGCAAGUUUACUGCGGUGGUAACCGGAUCUCCCUCCCGGCUUUGCGCACGGGUGCCGAGCACGCGGAUCCGCUGCUGGGUUUCUCCAGCACCAUGAACUCCUACAACGACUCCUACAUGAGACAAGCCAACUUUGCGCCUGGUUUAGAGCGAUAUAUGUGA